GCAAAUUACAGGCCACGGAGUGGUGGGGAGAGGGUUGGGGACUAUAUAUCCACCGCCGGGUCUAGCCAGGCAUUAAAGUCUCCCAAGAUGCGUGUUAUCUUCGCUUGUCUCCUCUUCGUCGGCUUGGCUCUUGCCAUGCCAGACACCUCCAAGACCGAUACCAAGAAAGACGGGUACACGACCAAGUACGACAAUAUCGACUUGGAUGAGAUCCUCAACAACACCAGGCUCUUGGACAAGUAUUUCAACUGCCUCGUUGAGAAGGACAAGUGUACCACUGAUGGAAAAGAGCUCAAAGAUAUCGUACCCGACGCACUGAAAACUGGCUGCUCCAAAUGUAAUGAAAAACAAAAAGGAGGAGUUGAAAAGGUACUCAGGUUCCUCAUCGAAAAGAAGAGGGAUUACUACGAUGAAUUGUCCAAGAAGUACGACCCGGAGGGCAUCUACCUGAAGAAAUACGAAGCCGAGGCUCAGAAACGUGGAAUCAAAAUUUAAAGGACAACACGACCAACGGAAUCAUUAAAAAAUAACUUAAAUAUGUAAUUUAAAAAAUAAAACGUCUCAAUAUUUAUCUGGUCUUUAUCCAAAUUUAAAACCUAUCAUAUCCACUAUCAACUACAAGAAUAAUCAUUUGGGUGAGUUCUUAGAAACUAUUUAUAUUAACAAUUUAAUUGUUUGUUUUUUUAUUUAUCUGGAAGAAAAUGAAUAGACCAAUGGCAUCUACUGAAGAAGUACGAAGCCGAGGCUCAGAUACG